CCUUGUGACUUCACAGUCAGUCAUGUCCUGUUCCACAAGGAAGAAACACAGACUUCACAACAGCUGAUGCGCAUCUGUAUCAUUGCGAGUAGCCUAUAGGGUGAUUAUUGUGUGGACUAGAUUCAGAUUCGGACGCACGGCGAAUAUCAAAGGAGCUGCGACAGCAAAAGCGAAGAGGUGAAGCUUUCUUAUCAUCAUGGCUUCCCGCAAGAAAGUGCUGCUUAAAGUGAUCAUCCUAGGGGAUUCUGGAGUUGGCAAGACCUCUUUGAUGAAUCAAUAUGUGAAUAAUAAAUUUAGUAAUCAGUAUAAGGCCACUAUUGGAGCUGACUUCCUCACCAAGGAGGUGAUGGUGGAUGACAGGCUGGUCACCAUGCAGAUUUGGGAUACAGCUGGUCAGGAGCGAUUUCAGUCUCUGGGCGUGGCUUUCUACAGAGGGGCGGACUGUUGUGUGCUGGUGUAUGACGUCACGGUGCCAACUACAUUUAAGACUCUGGAAAGCUGGAGGGAUGAGUUUCUCAUUCAGGCCAGUCCACGAGACCCAGAGAACUUCCCCUUUGUUGUACUGGGCAACAAAAUUGACAUGGAGAACCGACAGGUAACAACCAAGCGAGCUCAAGCGUGGUGUCAGAGUAAAAACAAUAUCCCCUAUUUUGAGACGAGUGCCAAAGAAGCUAUUAAUGUGGAGCAGGCCUUCCAAACAAUCGCUCGUAAUGCCCUCAAACAGGAGUCAGAAGGGGAGACAUAUGAUUUUCCUGACCCGAUUAAAUUAAGAAAUGAUGGACCUACAUCUGCUAGUGAUGGCUGCAGUUGCUGAAGAAGUGAUGAAAGGGGGAGCAAAGAUCUAACACAGAAAAAAGACAGGGAGAGAUGGUAAAGAUCCAGGCCCUUGUUUUGGUGCCCAUCACCCACUGCUGUUUUGUUCUCCUUUGAAACAUCCAGAGUUUCAAAUGCCACAUGUGAAAGCUGAACAUCCAUUUACUGCUGAACUCUGAGUAACGUGUGGUUUGUUGAACUGUCUGAGGAACAAGAAGACAGAUGUUUUGCAUAUCCUGUGACACUGCAUUUAUUACAAGUUCUACUAUCACUACAGCUGUCAGAACAUCCUUGUCAUUAUUUCUGCUCUCCAUGUAAUUAAUGUUUCGUUUUUAGAAGUAACUUGUUCGUAUGAUGGUUCUUUGUGCCUUUAAACUUUUAGUUAAAUGUCAAAUACAGGUUUACUUCUAUGCUGAAUUUGCUUUCUAUAAAGAUUGUAUUGAUCAAGUAGGCUGAGCGAUACAUUCUUUUAAAUAUAAUGUAACUUUGUUAACAGUCUAACAUUUAUCAACACAAAAAACAGUAUCAGUGUCAAUAUUCAUGAAUAUGCACCAUGGCAGCAGGGUUUUUUUGCCUCUGGAAGUAUGCUAAGGCUUUAAAAUCAUUUUUAAUUGCAUUGUAAAUGCAAACAGUUGGAAAUGCCAAUGGUUUACUGCAGGUAAAAACAAAUCAGGUCAAAACACACAUACAUCAUCACUUCUGAUUAUUAGUGUAUUAUUGGUUCACAUAAAUAAUAAAUACUUAAGUUAUUUUUUUUAAUGUCUGUUUAGAGAAACGGUGUAAAACCUGAUUUAUUGUUUUGCUAUCAGAAAUGUCAUUAAGGUUAAUCAACGUACCAUUUCAUGGUUUGACAUGUGGCAGUUUCAAGAUUGCUCUGACAGAACUCUUCUAAAUUUGAAAUGUAGGUUCUUUGACAGUUUUAGGACACCUGUUCUUCAUAUUUCUUUAUAAUGUUUUAGAAGAUAAUAGCAAUGGUUAACAAACCAUGUUUUGUGUAUAAGUUGAGAAAUGUUUCACAAAGGACAGCAGCACUGACUGUUAAACCAGUAGAAGUUUGAUAUGGUAAAACAAAAAAUACACUUUUUUUACAUUACUCCAUGUUUAAUUCAAUGUUUGACUUGCUUUUGAACAUUUACAUUAUACACCUGUAUGUAUACUCAACCUAUAAAGGUCGUCAGUUUUAUAUGCCAAAGUCCAAUAACUGUAGAAAUUCAAUAGGCAUCACUUUUACUUGGCCAAAUGUAAGAAUGGCUUCAAAAUAAAAAGUGAAAUAAAGAUACAUUUACACCCGA